AUGGGUCUUCUCCACCAAAGGCUUCUCGCUGUCCGACUGCUUCCUCAGCGUCGAUUAGCACUGGCCGUGGUGCCGCGGCCUCGCUUCUUUAGCGGUGGUGGGAUCCCGAGCCCGGACGAUCCAUGGAACUGGCGGUCCUUCUCCAAGGGACCAAUCCCUCCGAUCGUCGCGCUUAGCUUGGUGGCACUGUGGAUGAACCGAGAGAAGAGCUGGGAUGGAGGGCCGAAGAUGCACAGCGUCACAUGCAAGAUCUUCGGAGUUAAUGGGCCAUUCUGA